GGUUUGGAGGCUACGCUCCCUCCUCGGUGCCAUCCCCACCCUCCUCUGGUCCGUCAGGGCGCGGGGAGAGUGCCAGUCGCGCUUCCUUUCCAGACGGGACGAGCGUGUUGAGCGGUUCCCACGGUUCGGUGGAGCGUGUGCGCACCUCGCCAGCUUUCCAAGGAAAGCAGGUAAAAGUUGCUCGGUUUUCACAGGAGUCACUUCAGCGAAGGCGCAAGUGAGAGAGAGAGAGAGAGAGAGAGAGAGAGAGACGCUGAUACACCUGUCGCCUGCCGCAAAGGCUUUGUGGUGCCACGAUGAAGAAGGUUGGGGAAGUUGUUCUGCUGUGGCUGUUGAUAUUAUUUAUCCACAAUGCAGCAGGAGAGGGAUACAGCCCACCAGGGAAGCCAACAAAUAUCAGUUGUCGCUCUCCAGAAAAAGAGACCUUCACCUGCUGGUGGAAGCCAGGCUCUGACGGUGGGCUUCCAACCACCUACGCCUUGUACUACCGCAAAGAAGGCUCUCAGAGGGUGUUCGAGUGUCCUGACUACAAAACGGCCGGCAAGAACUCUUGCUUCUUCAGCAAGAAUGUGACGUUCGUCUGGGUGAACUACAACAUCACCGUUGUGGCGACCAACUCGAGGGGAAGAGCAUUUUCCGAUCCCGUUGACAUAGAUGUCGUCUACAUCGUCAAGCCCAAUCCUCCGGAAGAAGUGGUAGUGAAUGUCACAGAGGACAAAGACUGGCCUUUUCUUCAAGUGUCAUGGAAACCCCCGAAAAUGGCUGACACCCGCUCGGGUUGGAUCACUCUCUUCUACGAGGUCCGACUUAAGUUGGAAAAUAAGAAUAAAUGGGAGGUGGUCUCUGCAGGCCAGAGGAAGACUCUUCAGAUUUACAGCCUGAGGUCAGGUGGGACUUAUGAGGUUCAGGUUCGCUGUAAGCCUGAUCAUGGCUUUUGGAGUGAAUGGAGCCCCUCAUCCCGUGUCAAAGUUCCUGAAUAUUUUCCACAGGAAAGGUCAAUGUGGAUCCUUAUUGUGGUCUUUGCUGCCUUCAUCCUCAUCAUCUUUAUUAGGAUGGUAUACAUGAACUUUCAUAGUGUGAAGCGCUACCUUCUGCCACCAGUGCCAGGACCUAAGAUCAAGGGAAUUGACAAACAGUUUCUCAAGAGUGGCAAAUCUGAGGACAUCUUCAGCUCACUGGUGGUGUCUGAUUUUCCCCCAACCACAUCCAACUAUGAGGACUUUCUUGUGCAAUACCUAGAGGUGUAUGUCCCAGAGGAGCGUGAACUAAUCAUGAAUGAAGGCAAAGAUCUUCAAGACGAUAGCUUCAAAACUGAAAACUCCACAUGUGACAAUGACUCUGGCCGGGGCAGCUGUGACAGCCACACACUGCUUACCGAUAAGGGCGGAGGUGACAAAGAAGAUGGGCAGCAGUCAGAUCAGGAGGGUAGUCAGGCUGAGGCUGACACAAAAAGUCAGGAGGAAGCCCUGGAGGAGGAACUCCUGGCAUGUUCUCAUGAAAAUCUGCAGAGUUCAAAUGUUUCCAAUGAGAAGGAGAAGGUGAAGAGCUGGCCUUCUUUGUUUUCUCCACUGCCUCAGUACAGUUUUAGCCCAGUGAAUCGACCAAACCCACCUAAGACGGGGAAACAACACUGUCUCUCUGACAGCUUGUUCACCCCAAACUCCAUGCCGUCUUACUUCACUCAGCCUGGCCCCAGCACCACAAAAGGCUUUAGAUCAAAUUACUGGGAGUGUAGCUUCGACCACAAGCAAUCUCAUCCACUCCAUCCCCAGUCAGCAGCCCAUGAGCACCUCCAGGCCCAGAAUGACCUCAAUACGGCACAUGUCGACUACAUGGGAGCGCCGUUGGAUGUUCAUGUGCUCAAUGUCAGGCCCUCCGAAUAUGUCGAAGUCCAGAGGGUCAGCGUUGAGGAUGGGGUUCUUCUUCACCCCGUUUCCCCCAGCCAGGAAGACAGCCGUACCUUAAGCCACCAAACAGAGGACUACAGCAGGGUGAGGGUGGUGAACAAUGAUAAUGGGUUACUACUUCUUCAGAGAGAUGCUAUUGAGGAAGAGAAGAGCAUGUGCCCUUAUCAAGAAGAUGUAGUAAGCAGAGCAUCCAUCACUCCCACUUUGCAGAACUCUGCGACUGGUAUUAACAUCGCCUUGCCAAUUCUUGACGAAAUGGCAGCCAGUGGUUACAUCGACACUGCCAUCAUGUUUGGCCUGCCCACUCACUAGGUGCUUUGGAUAUCAAUCUGGCAGCUGCCAGACAUUGUAAGCGGUUCACUUUAAGCUUAGGAACUGAAAACAAGGAGAAAAACCACACCGACAAAGAUUGCAUCUUUCCAGAAUUGGUUGCAAAGACAAUUUUGCUUUCAUGGAAAUAUUUUUUUUUUUACCUUUUCCUGUCAAGGUGAAACACUGAUAUUUAAGAGCCACAAUUUUUCAGAUGAUUAAACCGUAUAAUCGUCAUUCAGAUUAAUUAAGAAUAAAAUGUAUCUUAAUUUGA